AUGGAGGAGCAGGAGCAACAAACCACCCACAACUCAGGCGGCAGCAGCGGCGAAAUCUCCCUCCGCCCUCUGCAACUCUCCGACGUGGAUGACUUCAUGGUGUGGGCCUCCGACCCGGACGUGGCCCAGCUCUGCAGGUGGGAGCCCUACACGAGCCGCAACGACGCCCUUGCCUACAUUGCUGGCACCGUUCUCCCUCACCCUUACUUCCGUGCCAUCUGCGUCAACGGCAGGCCGGUUGGGCAGGUCUUUGUGACGCGGAACGAGGCUGGGUCGGAAGCUUGCCGGGGGGAGCUGGGCUACGCGCUGGCCUUGGGCUACUGGGGGAGGGGGAUCACGACGGAGGUGGUGAGGAUGGCGGUGGCGGAGGUGUUCGGGGGGAGGCCGGAGCUGGAGAGGGUGGAGGCGAUCGUGGUCGUGGAGAACAAGGCGUCGCAGAGGGUGUUGGAGAAGGCCGGGUUCACGAGGGAGGGGGUGCUGAGGAAGUAUGUAGUGGUCAAAGGGAAGACAAGGGAUGUGGUCGUCUUCAGUCGUCUCUCCACCGAUGAUCAUUCUUGAUAUAUUCAGCAUGAAUGUGGCUCGCAUUUUAUCGCAGAAGUUAACUUUCUAAUCGUCAUCCAAUGCUCGGAAAACUUCGUACGUAAUCCUAAAUGCAGCAUGUGCGCUUUUUUUUCUAUUUUUUUGGUUGAAAGCAUGUGCGCUUUUGAGUUUGUAAUAAAUUGUCGGAUUGGAUCGAUUGCAUGAUGCUUUCGUUAAAUAGAUUACGAGACAUGAUAUGUUUCACCGUUUUCAUGCAUAAAAAACGCAGACAAGUUCACAUC